AUGGGUUUCAUCAAUUCUGUAAAGAAGGUAAUGCCAAAUCUGGAAACUACUUACUACGGGACUUUAGUUGGGAUCAUUUUUCUUCUCUAUUUAAUAAUAAACCAAUUUGUCUGGGGAAAAAAUAAUGAAAAUCCAUGGGAUGAUACUACUCUUUUAAAAGUACCAUUGAUGCUACAUUUAUCCAACGCUACGAAUCACCAAUCCUUUGUUUCCUCUUUCGAAAGUUCCAUGUAUUCUAAAAACAUUGAAACUUUGAAACUCUUACAAAGGCAAAUACUUACCGUGGCUGCAACUAAACUAUUUGAAAGGAAUGUAAGGAACCAAUUUAUUAGAUGCAUUAAUUCAAAAUUGGAUGGGUUACUGACCGAUUUUAAGGAAGAAGAGAAUGAGCUACAGGCGGUUUCCUAUUAUUGCCUACUUGAUGCAUCUUUACCAAGUGUCAAUGCUGUGAAAGUGUCUACAAUGUUUCCAUUUUGGAAUUUUAGGUUUAGUAAAUUCCAUUUUUUUGUUUCCAUUUUGUUGGCUAUUGGAGCGGUAAGGUACUAUGGCAUUACCAUUGAAAAAAUUGGUGUGGUAAUUAAAGAUAACUGCGAACAUUUGAAGAACCAUGCUUGUAAUAAGAUUAGAAGUUUCGUUAAUGAAAAUGGAGGUCCAAAAAUUCAAGCCAAUAUAGAAACUAAAGUUUCAGUUGAAACUCAACCAUCUUCCAAUCUAAUAAAAGAAGAAGUUUCGCCAAAAUCCGUAUUUGACCCAAAGAAAUGGACAAAAUUUAAGAAACAAUUGGAAAAUGAGAGAAACGUAAAUCACCUUUCUGAAAAGAAAAAUCAUUUCAAUAUGAACUUAUACGAUGAUAAAUUUGGUUCUAAUGACGGACCUGUCUCUGAUUCGAGCACAUUGGAACAGAUCUCAAUGAAGGAAAAUAUUAGUGAACUGAAAGAGACGAAGUUAGAAGAAAGUACUGUAAAACUAUCAAAACGUUCUUCAUCAAAUAAAGAAGAUUCGAAAGAAGAUUCCAAACCUGAAUUUGAUAUAAUGACUACAGAAGGACGAGAAGCAUUGAAAAAAUAUUGUGACGAAUUAAAGAAGAAAGAAAACUCAAAGAAUCUGGUUUCAAGGACAGAACUUGCAAAGAAGUCCGACAAGCUAAGAAAAAUCCAGAAGACUGGGAAGUUAAAUUUUAUCGAUGAAUUAGUAAAUCCAUUUACCUCCAAUAAGGAACAACGUAAUUUUUUUAAAUCAAGAAAAGAGAUGGAGUUACCCCAAAACGUUCCUACUUGGGUAUAA